UCCAGCAGGAAACGCUUCUGGGGACCUGUCUUCUUCUUUUCAAGUUUCACUGCUGUCCUGAGGAGCAUAGGAUCAUGGCAUCGUACAGGAGCUAUGGUGACACAGGAGCGUAUCGAAGCAGAACCGGCGUCAGCAUCACCAGCACAUUCGGCAGGAAUGCUUCCGGUGGAAGUAACCUGCCAAGCUGUAGAAGCAGUUAUUCCGGAGUCGGAUCGAGUUCUGCUCGAGCUAUUGCCAAGGAACGGGCGCUCGCUGGUUUUGGAGGCACUUUUCUCAAAAAGGACAAAUUCGAGGAGAAACCGACAUUCAAAUAUUCAUGCACUAAAGACACCGAUAAAAGUCGAUUGCAUCCCGGAAGAUUGUCGUCCGAAGACGUGAGGGCGAAAAGUCCGCUAUCUGAUAGUAGGUCGUCUCUCCUUGAGAAGUACUCGUUCUCAGCUGGCAAAACAUCGGAGAGGCCGUCUUCCGUGUUGGACAGAUAUAACCGACCGGCUUCGCGGGAAAAGAGCAGAGAGCCCGAAGGAAUAUCGAGGUACGGAUCCAGCACAUAUCCCGGAUCGAAUUUCGCCCGAAGUUACGGCAACGAUGGUAGAAUCGAAAAGGACCACCCGCCGGUCUCCUACAGAGGAUUACGUCCCAAUUCCGGAAAGACAUCGCGCGAGCCCAGUCCGGAAGUCAGUGUCGGAAAAACGAAUUCCUUCAGGGUCUAUUCAAGAGCGCCGUCUUACGCUCGUUCAGCUGCCUCGCCUAGCACGUCCGAAUCGAGCUCGGCUACAAUCUCGACGAGAUUUAGUUCGACAGCUGGUUCGCGAUUUCUCUCGUCGCGAAGUAGCAGCGAACGGGUGUCCGCGACUAUUAACUAUCCUGCAGGAGGAAGAUAUCGAAAUUCGAAUAAUAAAUCAAAUCAGAAAGAAGAAGAAGAAGAAGAAGAAGAAUCAGCACUUACUAAAUCUGAGAAAGAUGGUCACGAAUUGCCAAAAAUUACAAACCGAAUAGAAGGGGACGCAACCAGCCACAAACUUUCGGACAACGAGUUUGUGACGCUAACGGUUGUGACAAGAGGUACUUCACCGACACCUCCAGCUUCCUCGUCCUAUGUUAGAAAGAGGCGGGCGGAGAUCAAUGUCGCUCAUCAAAAAGAGGUGAUCAGAUUUCGAAAAUUGCCGGAUACUAUGGAUGAAGAAGUACAGUGUGAUCACAUGGAAGAAACAUCACGAUUCUCGAGGUAUGGCAGCAAUAGAUUAUCUGGUGCAUCCUGGUCGACGUACUUGGAUAAAUACUCAGGUGCAUCAACUGGAAGUCCAUCUGUGUAUUCGUCCAGAGGAUUUACUAAUGUGACCUCUUCUAAUAGACUCAACAAUUUCGCGUAUACCAGAACGAAUGAAGCUACGAAAAAUGAAUCUUCUGCUAAGGAAUUGUCGAGUUUCAGUCAAGAAAUUUAUAGUUCUGAUAACAGAGGCCAAAAUGAGAAGCUGCUCGGUGUAAAUUGUACAGCAACUAUUGACGAGACAGCGUCUAAUGACUUGAAGACAUCGUCUAGCGGUCAAGAUAUUCAUGGGGCAAAUAAAGAGGAUAGAAUUCAUAGCAGCGAACGGUGUUGCUGUAGUGCGCGAAAGAUUGAAACAAACAGCUCCAGCGCCAGUAAUUUAAGAAGUUCCAAUCAGAAUCUUGGAUUUUAUCAUAGAGAAGAUCCAACGCAGGAUUCGCAGGAUGCAUCGAGAUGUGAUGAAUACAACCAAAGAAGACCGUCCAUUCCGCGACUGGAGCGUACUUCAUCGAAGAGUGAAGUAAAAAUUUCUAAAUCUUCUCCGAAGACUGAAAUAGCAUCAUCGAAAUCUGACGUCGGCGAAAGAAGAGGAUCCACUCCCAAAUCCGAUGCCAGCUCCUCUUCCAAAACCGAAGAGCCUCUUCGAAUUGUCGAAGGGCAUUGUCAAGACCAAAAUGAGGAAGUUAUUUCUCAAAAGCGUGAGGUCUCGCAAAGAAGAGAUUCCUCAGCGAGCAGUUCUUCGCAAAGUCGCUUGGCAUCGACAUCACAAACUCGGAACGUAUCGAUGAAGAACACACCGCGUCAAAUGACGCGAACCGGCUCGUCAGACGGAUCUUCUGUAAGCAUGCCAAUUGGCAGAUCGAAAUCAUCGUCAGCUAGUUCGGUGACGAGUCAGGGUAUAAAAAUAAAAACGACAACGCCGCCAUCGUCCGGGAAACCAUCCACCGGUUCGAUCCUGCCGUCAGUGAAUCUACGACAAGGCGGUUCGCCGGACGCGCGCGGCAAACCACCUGUACCGAAGAACGAAACUACGACCGCCGCCACGCCGAGGUGCACCGUGGCAGCGAAGUACGUGAACAAGGACUUCCGCAAGUCGACCUUGAACAUGGAGAACGGUGACUCCAAGUACACGAGAAGAAAGAAAGGCCAAAGAAACAUUUCCGCCGGCUCUCAGGAUUCAGAGACGACAUCGGAACACGUUCCCCAGGCAGUUUCUUCGGGACCCUUGACUUCAACCAAGUCAGGUAGAUCGAAGUUCAGGAUCCCGUCGGGAGAAUCAAAGCCAACGCUUGGGAGAAAUGGCUCGAAUGGUUCGAUGAAGUGGGAAGAAAAGAAGAGCGGGUCAAAGUCACCUUGCGGAACGAAAAAGAGGCCAUCUGGGACAUUCAGCUCCAGUAACAGCAGUCGGUCGACCUCUGCGAAUUCCUCCAGCAGCGAGGAUGAUGACGAUCGUACGGACAAGACGAGACGGAGAAGAAAGAGAACGUCGGAAUCGCCCGCCCGCGAUGUGACAGGUAAAAUCAGUGCGGGAUCGUCGAGAACAAGCGUACUGGCGUCGUCGGCCGAUGACAUGUCAAUGAUGACGGAGAAACCACCUAGGCCACCCUCUAAUCUAAGAUCUAAGAGUGAUCGUUCCGCGAAGACAGAAGAGGCCAAGUCCUUUCUAAUGAGAGCGCUGGCGCCAAUGACGAAUUUUUUUAAGAACAAGAGUCAAGAUUCCGAUGACACAAGUAAAUCAGAUGGUUGGGUUGACUCCCUUGAGGAAAAUCACGACGCCAGCAACAGGUCAGGACAGCCGCUAUCAUCUUCGAGGUCAGCCAGCCAGAAUCUGUCGAAAGGUCCGAGUUUCACUAAUUCCCAGAGAAGCGAUGGAAUAAGGGGAAAUACGAAGAUUCAACGUCAGUCUUCAGGGGAAAAACCAUGGUGGUUGGAUCCGAAUUCCGAUAACAUUCCCGAGGGAAUUCAAAGGGCUAGUCCCUGGAAUAAUGAUGUCAGUCAGGACACAACGAUUAGCACAGCUUUACCGGAUGAUGGAAAAUAUAAACUUAAAAUUUGGAGACAAGGAUCAGAAGAACAUGCCUGGUGGUUAGACGACGUUGCAGCGGACGAAGCGAAAAAAUCACCCUCGCCGGUGUCUUCUGUUUCGAGACGGGGGUCCAGUCGGGGUAGUUUUCGAUCAGUUGAUCUACGAAAUCGCAUCAGGCACCAGCAGUCCGGCGAACGAGCGUGGUGGAUGAGCGACGAUCCCGAGAACGUUCCGGAGGGCAUCGAGGUCAUCCCGGUGGGGCCUGCCGAUAGUCAAAGUACCGAGAACCCCGUCGAUAACGAGAGCUUUUACUCCUCAAAGCCGCUUAAGAAAAUCCGACACAUCGAAUCCGGGGAGAAGGCAUGGUGGAUGGACAGCUCCUCUAACGUUCCUGACGGUGUCGUCAGAAUUCCCGUGGAAAUUCCCAACAGCACUUCCGACUCCUCCGAGUCAUACGAGAAGAUCGAUAUCGGCAUUAACCCUGAACCUGAGACGUGUGUCAAGAGAAGCCUCUCCAGAUUUCCUAUCGAAUUUCCGCCACCACCAUCCGAGCCACUGGGAGAUCGUGCGAGUCCAGAAGGGAUCGAGAAUCCACCGGAACCGCCGGACAAUUACGGAGGACGAAAAUCCCCUUACGAUAAUGUGCAAUCAGCACCUCGAAGACUGCCACCCCGAAAACGACCGUCUACGUUGCCGUUAUUUAUUGGCGAGCAUACUGACAUCGAUAACGUGCUCGGCGAUACAGCUAUCCUGUGCCACAGCCCUGUUCUCUCCCGUGUUCGUAAACAGGAACGCGUCGAAGAGGACCCGUCCGAAGAUAGUUCGGAAUGUGAAGAAAUAGAUGCAACUCAGGUGAUUAUUCACGACAGCACGCCACAAACGCCAGUGAUUCAACGAAGAAAUCGAGAUGAUAAAAGGAUGCAACCCGAUGGUUACAUUCCGCUCCAGUCAGCCGGCUCACGUAGUUACAAGCAAGUUGUACGGACCUCUUUGUUGCAUUCCGCCACGAACGCUCGUGCAUGACGACGACGUCGGCAGUGUCCAGUUUCAUUCACGAGGGGCGCCGUAAUUCCCGAUGGAGCGCUGGAAUUUGUUUCAGAGGUACGCCGUGUACAUAUGAAGGAACGAAUUUAUAAUUCUACGCGCCGCCGCACGAGAUGGUACACCCACGAUCACGACCGGGAUGGCAAUCUCUGUGUGUGCGCGCGCAUUCCCAUCUUCCGGCUUGUGUCAAACGGCGGACUAAAGACCGAAUGUCUGUCGUGCGAAGAUAUCGCGUUUAGAUUAGAUCGCAGAUUAGAUAGACUCUGUGGAGUUAAAGACCACUUAUCAAAAUCGCGCUCACUAGCGGAGCGGUAUUACCAUUACCGGUUUUAUAGGCAGUAUACGUCCCCUUCCUCUAAGCUUUGUAAAUUGGUCGUGCAAUUAAUGUUUUAAACCUAAGGUAUUUACAGUGUGCCGCGUCCUCUUAUUCUUCGACUGUUUCUCACAUUGGCAUCGUUUCAAUGUAAAUAUGUAAAUGCAUAAAUCCAACGAGUCCUUUAUUUUCAAAUAAAGUUUAUCUUAACAGAGUGUCCAUUAGUCGUCAAUAUUCUAUGA